GGACAGCAUGCAGGCCAAGGUGCGGGAGCUGGAGGAGAAAUGCCGGACGCAGAGCGAGCAGUUUAACCUGCUGGCGCGGGAGCUGGAGCGGUUCCGGCAGCAGGCGGGCACGAUCGAGCUCCUGAGCGGCUCCGCGGCGCCCGCGGCCCCCGGGAAGGCCCUGGCCCAGCUGGUGAACGGCAUCGCCACCUCCAUCGGCAAAGGUCAUGAGAGCCCUUCUGGAAGUCGCUGUGUGAUCUCAGAGUUUAUCCGACCCCUUCAGAUCUCUGGGGACAAACCCGAACAGCUGUCUGUCAAACCCACAUUCCUGUCCAAGUCCAGAGCUGGUACCCCAAGAUGCAGAUUUGAUUCAGACAUGGAUAAUGAUCAGAAUUCCAAUACCUCAAAGCAGAGAUAUUCUGGGAAAGUCCAUCUUUGCAUUGCCCGUUACAGCUACAACCCCUUCGAUGGACCAAACGAGAACCCCGAGGCGGAGCUGCCUCUCACGGCAGGCAAGUACCUCUAUGUGUACGGAGACAUGGACGAGGAUGGCUUCUACGAAGGAGAGCUGCUGGAUGGCCAGAGAGGACUCGUCCCUUCGAACUUUGUGGAUUUUGUUCAGGACAACGAGGCGCGGCUGUCGAGCGCGCUGAGCAGCGAGCAGGACCAGAACUUCCUCAACCGCUCGGGCGCUCCUCUGGCAGGAGAGCUGGAGAUCAGCCCCCCGAGCCUCAUCGACUCCAGCCUGCUCAGCAACGGCGCAGGGACCCUGGACGUCAACAUCGACGAGAUUGGAGAAGACAUUGUGCCUUACCCCCGAAAAAUCACCCUCAUCAAACAACUCGCCAAAAGUGUUAUUGUGGGCUGGGAGCCGCCGGUGGUGCCGCCCGGCUGGGGAACCGUCAGCAGCUACAACGUCCUGGUGGACAAGGAGGUGAGGAUGAACGUAGCCCUGGGCAGCAGGACGAAAGCGCUGAUAGAGAAGCUCAACACCUCCACCUGCACGUACCGGAUCUCCAUCCAGAGCAUCACCAGCAAGGGCAACUCCGACGAGCUGCAGUGCACCUUGCUGGUGGGCAAGGACGUCAUCGUCGCCCCCUCCAACCUCCGCGUGGACAACAUCACCCAGAUCUCUGCUGAGCUGUCCUGGCUCCCUACAAACAGCAAUUACAGUCACGUCAUCUUCCUGAACGAGGAGGAGUUUGACAUUGUCAAGGCUGCUAGCUACAAGUACCAUUUUUUUAAUUUGAAGCCCAAUAUGGCCUACAAGGUGAAGGUCAUGGCAAAGCCCCACCAGAUGCCCUGGCAGCUUCCCUUGGAACAACGAGAAAAAAAGGAAGCCUUUGUGGAAUUUUCUACAUUGCCAGCAGGUCCUCCAGCCCCACCUCAGGACGUGUCUGUGCGGGCAGGGCCCACGCCGGGGACCGCGCAGGUGGCCUGGAAGCCCCCGGCUCUGUCGGCGACGGGGACGUCGCACGGUGCCAGCGUCACGGGUUACGGUGUCUAUGCCAAAGGGCAGCGGGUGGCCGAGGUGACGUUCCCAGCAGCCGAGGGCACGGCGCUGGAGCUGCUCCGGCUGCGUGCCCUGGACGCCCGGGAGGUGACGGUGCGGACGCUCUCAGCACAGGGCGAGUCCGUGGACUCUCCUCCUGCUGCCAUUCCAGCUGACCUCCUGGUGCCUCCAACCCCUCACCCCAGAACCGCUCCCAAAUCGAAGCCAUCAGCAAGUGCCGGAGCCCCAGAAACCAAAGACGAGCAGCUCGGGCCCCGCGGCAGGAGGGACGAGGCGUGGGAGCCGCCGUCCCCCGCGCGCGGAGCCACGCUGGAGCCGCCCGGCCCGCCCGGCCCGGCCGCCGGCCGCAGGUCCCCGUCCCCCAACAGGAUCCUGCCCCAGCCCCAGGGCGCUCCGGUCCCCAGCACCGUCGCAAAAGCCAUGGCAAGAGAGGCUGCACAGAGGGUGGCAGAGAGCCACAGGGUGGAGAGGAGGAGUGUUUUCAGCGAGAGGAGCAGCGCGGCCCCGUACUCGGACGAGGAGGAGGAUGGCUACGACUCCCCCCGGGUGAAGCGCAGGGGAGCCUCGGUUGAUGAUUUCCUGAAGGAGUCAGAGCUGGGAAAGCAGGCUCACUGCUGCCUGGGGGACGAGUACCACACCGAGAGCAGCCGCGGCUCCGACCUGUCCGACAUCCUGGAGGAGGAUGAGGAGGAGCUCUACUCGGAGAUGCAGCUGGAGGAGGGCGGCCGGCGGCGCCUGAGCCUCACCUCGCACGGCGCGCUCAAGGAGUACGAUAAGAAUAAGACCACUGAAGCCACUUUUUUGGAACAGCCUGGCUUUCCCCAGCAGACACGCCACAGUAAAAGGCUUUUCAGUAUUCCAGAAGUGGCUGAAGAGGACGGUGAAUACUCUGAACUGCUGUACAAGCAGGGUGUAGGUAUGGCCCACAGAAAGAACCCCCGGGUAGCUAGAGGCCCUAGAGCUCGCAGGCCCCGCGGUCAAGAGCAGCAGCACAGCCCCUGGUGCCCGGCCAAGCGGGCAGUGCCAGGGCUGGAGGAGCCGGCCCCGGAGCAGCGAGGAUGCGCAGCCCGGCAGUGCCGGUCCCGCAGCCCCGACAGCGGGCUGGACUGCGGCAGCGAGGACGAGGAGCCCCGGCUCGGGGUCACGGCCCCGGCGGGCAGCGAGGAAGAGGAGCCCUGGCACAAGGUCAGGCACAGGAGGGGCAGCGAGGAAGAGGAGCCCUGGCACAAGGUCAGACACAGGAGGGGCGGCGAGGAAGAGGAGCCCUGGCACAAGGUCAGACACAGGAGGGGCGGCGAGGAAGAGGAGCCCUGGCACAAGGUCAGGCACAGGAGGGGCAGCGAGGAAGAGGAGCCCUGGCACCAGUUCAGACACAGGAGGGGCGGCGAGGAAGAGUGGUCCCGGCUCGGUGUCAGACCCCAGUGGGUCGGUGAUGAAGAGCGCUCCCAGCUCGGUGUCAGAUCCCAAAGGGGCAGUGAGGAAGAGCGCUCCCGGCACAGUUUCAGACACAGGAGGGGCAGUGAGGAAGAGGAGCCCCGGCACAGCGCUGGACCCCCAAGGGUCGGUGACCAGGAGCGCUCCCGGCCCGCUCUGGCCCGCAGGAGGACCCUGACGCGGCAGAGCAGCAUCGAGGAGGAUUUCGGGGAGCCGGGAGCCCCGCUGGCGGGGCCCGAGGCUCCCAGGGGCCGCAGGGACCGUUCGGACAACCGGGAGCUGCAGGGGGGCUGGAAGAGCGACCCCAAACCUGCUGAGCCCAGGGCGGGCACUGCCCUUGCAAAGCCGUCCCACAGAGACGCACAAGACUCUCUGCUUUUAGGUAACCCAGCCUCUGCGGGACGGCCUGACAGGGUGGAGCAUGCAGGGCGAAGGUCCUCCCAUGGCAGUGCAGUGCCACAAAGGUCUCGGCCCCUGUUGGUCCCUUCCAUUGACGGCUAUGGUGGCCAUGACCAUCUCUCCCCAGACCUUUAUGAGGAAUCUGAAACAGAUGCUGGCACAGAAGAUCUCUCUACUCGAAUAUUUGUUGCACUUUUUGACUACGAUCCACUGACGAUGUCCCCGAACCCCGAUGCUGCCGAGGAGGAGCUGCCGUUUAAGGAGGGACAGAUCAUUAAGGUUUAUGGGGACAAAGAUGCUGAUGGAUUUUACCGUGGGGAAACCUGUGCAAGGGUUGGCCUUAUCCCAUGUAACAUGGUCUCUGAGAUACAAGCAGAUGAUGAAGAGAUGAUGGAUCAGCUCCUUAAGCAAGGUUUCCUUCCUUUGAACACUCCAAUUGAGAAAAUCGAGCGCGGCCGGCGCGGUGGCCGCCAGCAGCCGCUGAGCACCCGGAGGAUGGUGGCCCUCUAUGACUACGACCCCAGGGAGAGCUCCCCCAACGUGGACGUGGAGGCCGAGAUGACGUUCUGCACUGGGGACAUCAUCACUGUCUUUGGUGAGAUCGAUGAAGAUGGAUUUUACUAUGGAGAGCUCAAUGGACAGAAGGGGCUGGUUCCUUCCAACUUCCUCGAAGAAGUGCCUGACGAUGUUGAAGUCUUUCUCUCCGACGCACCCUCGCACUACGCCCACGACACGCCCAUGAGAGCCAAGGCAAAAAGGGUUCCUCCUGAGAAUACAGGUACACCCCGGAGAGCUCCAUCCCCCACAGUCCAUCUCCAUUCCGGGUCACCUCCGUCACCUGUGAUGGGCUCUGGUAGUCCCGGGAGAGGCAGGGAUAUGGCCUCGAAAAAGAAAAAGGGGCUGCUUUCCAAAGGCAAGAAACUGCUGAAAAGGCUUGGUGCAGUGAAAUGAGUCAUGUGCUCCUGGACAACUUGUAAAGCUUCCAGUCUGUGUACUUUUUUUUUUUAAAGUUAAAACUAGGGCUUUCAUGACUAUGCAGUACUUUACCAGACCUUUGCAUUUUCGACAUCAAUAGAAUCAUGCCAAUUGCUUAAUCAAAACAGCAAGAAAAAAGGGAAAUGGAUUUAUUGUUGCAAAAACAUUUUUUAAAAAUUUAAAAAUAAAAAAAAAAAGUUGUGGGAUUAAGACCAGAAGAACAUGGUUUUAUUUGAAGUCACCUCAACACCUACAACUCCAUUGGAAAAAUCUCAGCCUUUAGCCUCCUUUAACCAUGAGUGAGGGGAGAAAACUCUCUUCACUGAUUGCUAGUUCAGAGAGAUCACCCCACUGUAUCCAGUCAUUAACAAAAAUGGUCUUGAAACUCCUAGUUAAAUCAGCCUUGAUGUUUGCCUUAUUAAUGCACAAUGAUUUGUACUGUCUAAUAAAUAUGCAGCGUAUCCUUUGUAUGUACUGUGUAUUCAGCUGUCUCCAUCCUCCCUCCACCACGAAAUUCCAGAUAAUGCAGUUACUGCCCCCAUCCAUGUCUGACAGCUCCUGGGAGAGUGGAAGUGCUGUGCUGAACGCUUUUCAGUUUUUGCUGCCCCAGUAAAAACCAAAGCCUUGUCCUGGUCUGUCAUUGUCACUCCAUGGACCCAGGCAGGGUAAGUUGCUCAGAACCUCACCCCUUUCAGCCCUGCAGCCUCCAGUUCCGGGGCUCCCUGCUCUAAGCCACUGGGAAAAACCAACUCCACAGCACAACCCGUUUGCUCCCCCGUUUCCCUGCGCAGGCUCAGUCCUAGGUUAAAAGGCAUUUUCAUACUGCUGCUGGCAGGCUGAGGCUAAAGUCCAUCCACAGUGCAAGGACAAACUGGGUCACAGGCACAGCCCACCCAGGGCUGCUCCAGGCUCCAAUCAAAUCAGAAUUCAACAUUGGCAUAUCACAAAAAAUAAUCCCACACACCGAUGGCAGUCAUUGGCUGUUACUAUUUUGUAAUUCUUGUCCAUUUGUAAAUUGUUUUUACUGUUUAUACAUACUUUUCAGACUGCCUUUCUUUUUGUAAUUUAUGGAAGGUUUAUAAAUGAAUGAUCAAAGCUUCCCCAUUGUGUCUUCAGAUAACAAUGUAAAUUACUGUAAAAUACCGUGUGCUAGAUUAUAACAUUUAAUUAAAGAAAAUAACUGCCCUACAUUUGUGGUAAAGUACUGUGUGGGUGUGUGCAUGUGUACAAUUGUUGUGUAUUAUAUUUUAUAUAAAUAAAUAAUUUGAUAUUUUGUAGA